AUGCUAAAAUUAGCAACCUAGACAGUAAAAUUAAUAUUGAUACCUGUUUUGCAAACAGUGGCUAUGAAUUUGAAACCUGUUUAAGAUUUUGGAUUAGUGAGAUUAUUACGAUAAGCCAGAAUUGCAAGUUAAGCAAGAACAAAAUCUAAAUGUGCGUCUUCAAGUUGGAAGAAGAGGAUCAGAACACCGAAUUAGUUAUAUAAAAUUGGCGAUAAUAAAGGUGUAAUGAAGAGGGUGAAGAUUGUUGGACCUAGGAGACUGAAGUUCAAACCUCCAGGAUCAAGACAUUUGAACAGGAAUUGUUCUAAAGCUAUUUUAAGAAGAAUGAGACGCACCAGAUACAUUAGUGAUGUUAACAUGCCUAAGAUGAGGAAACUUUUGCCAUUGAUGAGGAGGUAAAAGUCUACAAGUGAGGAUCGUGAGUUAUGUGAACAAAAAAAUGGAUGGAAUAGAAAUCAAUAAUAUAUUUUAUUUCAAAGAUAAUAUUUAAAUUAAUGA